UGUGUUAACUGUUGGCAGACAGUGUUCAGCUGCAGACUGUGGACUCUCAGUAAACACUGGUAGUUAGUUAUUAACAGUAGAAACAGAGCAAACUGUCAUCUCCGUCCACAGCGUCGAUUCUUCACACCUCCUCCAGAGUUCAUCAUCAACCUGCUUCUGUUCGUCUCGCGUCAUUGGCUGCAGGUUUGACCGACAUCAUGUCCCGCCUCGUCCUCUGCGUGUCUGUCGUCGUCGCCCUGUGGUCGGUGUCAGUGCUCAGUCUGUCAGUGUUCUCGGACCCUCCGAAGGCUCACAUGCUGCUCCGGUCCCGUCGGGCCAACUCCUUCCUGGAGGAGCUGAAACCCGCCUCCAUGGAGCGAGAAUGUGUGGAGGAGAAGUGCGACUUUGAAGAAGCUAGAGAGAUUUUUGAAAGCAGGGAAGCCACACUGGAGUUCUGGACGGUGUACACAGACGGGAACCAGUGUAACUCAAACCUGUGUGUUCAUGGGACCUGUGUGGAUCUGUACCAAGCCUACGCCUGCCGCUGUAACCACGGAUAUGAGGGCAGAUACUGCGAUCAGAUUGUAAUAGCCACUAACUGCUCUGUGGACAACGGCGGCUGUGACCACGAGUGUUCGGACAGCGACGACGGUCUGAGCAGGAGCUGCGGGUGCGUGGACGGAUACAAACUGCACGACAACUCCAAGAAAUGUCUCCCAAAGGGACCUUCGUCCUGCGGCCAGCUGCUGGUUGGCAGGUCGUCCUACACCAAACCAAUGGAUGGUCUGCUGCCGUGGAUGGUGGGAGGGGAGGUGGGAAAGAAGGGAGAGAGUCCCUGGCAGGUGCUGUUACUGAACGCAAGAGGGCAGUUUCACUGCGGAGGCGUCCUCAUCGACGAGAACUGGGUCCUGACAGCCGCUCACUGCCUCACCACCAGCCUGAGAUUCAGAGUACGACUCGGUGACUACCAGCGUUUCAGAGACGAAGGCACUGAGGUGACCCUGAAGGUCGUCAGCACCUUCAAACACCCAAACUAUGACAGCAGGACGGUGGACAACGACAUCGCCCUCCUGCGUAUGGAGACCCCCGCCCCCUUCUCUGACUACAUUGUCCCCAUUUGCCUGCCGGGACGCGAGCUGGCCGAGCGGGUGCUCCACCUCAAUGGCACCACCACCGUGGUGACCGGCUGGGGCAAAGACAACCUGAAUAGCACCCACUACAGCUCGGCUCUCAACGUCAUCAAGAUCCCACUGGUCAACAACAGCAUCUGCAGCCAGCACAUGGCCCACGUCAUCUCCAACAACGUCCUCUGCGCCGGGAUCCUCGGACAGAGGAUGGACGCCUGCGAAGGGGACAGCGGCGGACCGAUGGUCACUCUGUACCGAGACACCUGGUUCCUAGUGGGUCUGGUGUCCUGGGGAGAGGGCUGUGGCAGGAGAGACAAGCUGGGCAUCUACACCAAGGUGUCCAACUACAACGAGUGGAUCAACACAGUACGUGAAGAGUGGGACCAAAGUCAUCCUCUACCACAAUCCCCAAGCAUCUGAAGCAGCUGUAGCCCCGACAGUUGAUCCAGUCUGGUUUGUUAAACCCACAUAAAGGCCUCAGAACAGCAGAGAUGUAACACGAUUUGUUAAAUAAACUCAUUCUGUCUCAA